GUUAUAAUCGUUAUAAUUUUGUUAAUUUUGCUGUUUUGUUUUGAUUUGAUUUGUUUGUUUAUUAAAUUAACAAUAGAAUCGAAACAUGUUUGAAACAGAACAGUUUGACGGUGUUGUCCCGGAAGAUACAAAUGAUGAUGACAUAUCUACUAUCAAUAAAUCAUCACUGCAGCAAUACAAAAUAUCUUUACAGAGUUCUUCAAACAUAGCGUCACAUAUUCUGCUCAACGAUGCAUGGUGUAAACACAGUGAGGUAUUCAAUGAUAAAUCUGUUGAUCACAUCACCAACUCUAUAAACUUUCUUCUCCAAAACAGAAAAAAUGAUAAAGUGCAGCUGUGGAAAAGCUCACCCAGCUCAUUCCAAAAUGCAGAGGCUAUAUUUGAGAAAUCCUUACCCUCUUGUCCUAAUUGUAUACCUAACUCAGAAUGCUCCGGACUAGACACAUUCCUGUCAAACUCAUGCAAAUGUAACUUGGGGUUAAAAUCUGAUAAUAGACACACAGAAAAGACACAAUUUGUUAAAACCCUCAACUACAAUGAUAAUUCAAAUGAAGGAAAGUCUUCGGAUGAACAGAGAAGUGGUCUUUUUAAACCUAGAUUUGGUAAAACACGACCAAAAGGCCUAAACACAGCCAAGGCUCAACCAAACACUGCUCAAGACAUUGAUAUGAAUAAAAUGGAAGAAGAAUAUAAAGAGGAGAAAAGUAGAGUUGCAAAAAUUUCAUUCAAAACUGCUAAAGAAGCCUUUUUAGCUUCAAAUCCAGCUGCCAGGAGAACCCUAGGAGCUACGAGGAAAGCUCAGAACAAGUUUGUCUCUCCUAUGAUUGGUGCCCAGGAAAAGCAAGAGGCACCCGAAACCUUCACUUCUGGUGAUGAAAGACUGAAACACAUAGACCCCAAGAUGAUUGAGUUAAUUGAAAGUGAAAUCAUAGACAAGGGGACUCCUAUAAUGUGGGACGACAUUGCUGGUCUGCAGCUGGCCAAGUCCGUGAUCCAGGAGGCGGUGGUGUGGCCGCUGCUGCGACCGGACAUCUUCACUGGAUUGAGGAGACCACCUAAGGGCAUCCUGCUGUUUGGACCACCAGGCACUGGGAAGACUUUGAUAGGUAAAUGCGUGGCGGCGCAGUGCCACGCGACGUUCUUCAGCAUCUCGGCGUCGUCGCUGACGUCCAAGUGGAUCGGCGACGGGGAGAAGAUGGUGCGCGCGCUGUUCGCCGUCGCCACCUGCCACCAGCCCGCCGUGAUAUUCAUAGACGAGAUAGACUCGUUGCUGUCGGCGCGCAGCGACAGCGAGCACGAGGCCACGCGCCGCAUCAAGACCGAGUUCCUCGUGCAGUUCGACGGCGCCGCCACCGGUGAAGAGGACCGCCUGCUGAUCAUCGGCGCCACCAACCGACCGCAGGAGCUGGACGAGGCGGCGCGGCGCAGGCUCGUGAAGAGACUCUACAUACCGCUGCCCGAGGCUGAUGCCAGAAAACAGAUUAUCGCCAACCUCCUACGCAACGAAAACAACGACCUCACGGAGCAGCAGAUCGAGCACAUCGCCCAGCUGACGCAGGGCUACUCCGGGGCCGACAUGCGAAGCCUGUGCUCGGAGGCGGCCAUGGGGCCCGUGCGCUCCGUGCCUCUGUCGCAGAUUGUUAGCAUACAGCGGGAUAAGGUUCGUCCAGUUUGUGCUCAAGAUUUCAUAAAUGCGCUGCAGCGGGUGCGGCCGAGCGUGUCCCAGGACGAUCUCGGGCAAUAUGUCAAGUGGAACCAGACUUACGGACAAGGAUUUUAAUUUAAUAAAUAUAUUUUUGUU